AUGGCGGACCGUGAGCAACCUGUUACCUUGCGAACGCGCAAGUUCAUUCGCAAUCCUCUCCUCGGCCGCAAGCAGAUGGUCGUUGAUAUCCUCCACCCAAACCGUGCGAACAUCUCCAAGGAUGACCUCCGGGGCAAGCUCGCCGAAAUGUACAAGGCCAGCAGGGACCAGGUCAACGUUUUCGGUCUCCAGACGCAGUUCGGUGGUGGAAAGACAACUGGUUUCGCCCUGGUCUACGACUCGCCCGAGGCCUUGAAGAAGUUUGAGCCACACUACAGACUGGUUCGUGUUGGGAUGGCAACGAAGAUUGAGAAGGCGAGCAGACAGCAACGCAAGCAACGCAAGAACAGACAAAAAACUCUACGAGGUACGGCGAAGGUCAAGGGUGCCAAGAAGAAGAAGAACGACGAUUAG